AGUUGUAACUUGUAACGCGACACGUCCGGUAGGGGUAGUGGAUCUGUGAAGCGCGGUCACAGUGGUGAAUCAUCGGUCUUCGUCUGUUUGGGGAAAACAACACAAAAAUUCAGAACGCGAGGCAACGUGUGUCUUUCAUUGCAACUGGACCUUGUGGCUUUGCAAGAUGUUGGAAGUCACGGUGAAAACGCUCGAUUCGCAGAAUCGAAAUUACUCAGUUCCUGACGAUAUAACCGUCAAAAGCUUCAAGGAAAAGAUAGCCGGAUCAGUGAACAUUCCGGCCGACAAGCAGCGACUCAUUUUCUGCGGCAGAGUGCUCCAAGAUGACAAGAAGUUGAAUGAAUAUGACGUGAACGGCAAGGUGAUCCACCUGGUUCAGCGGCCGCCGCCGCACAGCUCGGGGAGCCAGUCGUCGUCGUCGGCCGCCGCAGGCGGGGGGGUCUCUGGGGCUGGCAGGGGGGCAGGGGGCCCACCGGGGGGGGCCCUGCCCCACCCCCGGGAGGGCAGCGGCUUCCUCCUGGGCGCCUUCACCAUUCCCCAGGACAUGAUCGACCCCGCACAGGUCCAGCAAAUUGUGCAGGACGUCGUGUCUGGAAUGGGUGAAAUCGGCCGCAAUGCCACCGUCAUGUCAAGGACUUCGGAGGAUGGCUCGUCUGUGGAUGUGCACAUCAACCUGGGUCAAGUCCCCAUGCAGAGUGAGGCCCAGUUGAGGCUCAACCAGGCACAGACCAUGCUGCGAAAGGCAGCCAGGGUCAUUGCCACCCUGGAGAACCGCGGUGAGAAUGGCAGUCCCACCGGCGAGGGAGACACGGAGGCCAUGGAGGUGGCGGAGGGGACAGAGGGGGCCCCUGCAGUGGACGCCAAUGCCAACACCACCGCCCCCGCCGGAGCCAAUGACAACAACAGCGGCAGCGAAGGCACCGGCGGUGCAGCCCCCUCCGGCUCGACAGGGCGCUUCGGUGAGGGCAUCGUGAAUGCAGCCAGGGCAGCGGCCGCGGCUGCAGCUGUGGUUGCAGCCCGCGUCACGGCCGGCUCCGUUUUUGGCUCUUCCUCAGCACCCGAAAGCAACCAGGCGGCCACAGACUCCCAGGACAAUUCAUCGGAAGAACAACCGAGGCCAUCGCCAGCGGCAUCCAACUCAUCGUCGGAACAGACGACAACCGGAUCGGCAACAGCCCCGGCUUCUGGAACUGCGGGGGAGUCCUCGGGGGGAACACCGUUCGCGAGACUACGCAGAGACAUUGGGCCCCCGGCUACUGCCUUGGCUCCCGUCCUUGGGGAGAUUCAGCAGCUGCAGACUCGGCUGGCCCCGUUCCUGCAGCAGUACCAGCAGCUGGUAGGAGAGGAGGAGCGGGCGGAAGGUGGGACCCAGCCCUCCAUGACGGAUGCCGAGGCCUCUGCGCUGUCCAACGGCGUCUGCCAGGCCAUGCACUUGCUGAGUCACGCUUUGCAUGCCGUGAGCGACCUCCACCUGAAUGCGACAGCGUGCCCACGCAGCCUGAGGGCACGACUGCUCGUCCCUAUGCAGUCCGGCGGGCUGUUCCACGCCGGCAUGCCCUUCCAGGGCCAGAUCAGUGUGAACGCCGUGCGAUCUCCAUCGGGAGAGUUCACCAUCGGCAGUCGCACUGGAUCGGCACCUGGCGCUCAGGCGACCACUGGAACAGCCACCAAUGCCGCUGCCCAGCCGGACUCUCCCUCCGACCCCCGCGGCGGAGCCAUGGGGGGCGGCGGUCCAUUCGGUGGCAAUGCGGGCCCGGCUCUGCUGACGGCCCAGAGCCCCGUGGUGUUCAUGGAGCUUGGCCCGGGCUCCAUCACCAUCGACAGCAUCUCGACGGGCGUCAUCGACGACAUGCCCCGCUCACCACCGCCCCUGGAGCCCAUAGAGCCAGAGGAGGACGCCCCGGCGGCCUCGGCUCCUCCCGCCGAGGAGGCAGCCAGCUCCGGCCAGUCGGGCGAGGCCGGGACCCCGACGUCCCAGGGCCAGACGUCGAGGGGCUCCACGGCGGGAGCGGCGACGGUGACCACAUCGUCCGGCACCACGGGCACACGGGCGUCGCCCAGCUCCGGCCCAUUUCGGGGCCCCCUGGGGUUUCCUCCGGGCGCCCUGGGGGGCCCCUUCAUGGGCCCCGUGGGAAACUCCUUCGACCCCUGCCUGCCCUGCAACUCCUACUGGGCGCACUCGCACGGGGCCGCCGGCCGCGGCGCCCGCUCAGGGGCCUCCGGUACGCAGCGGGGUCCUAACGUUGCCACCCAGGUGCCGCAGGCCAUGAACGCCCACGACGACCAGCUACACCAGAUGCUGAACGGGCUGAUGACUGCGCUGCUGCACCAGCCCCACGUGUUGCUGCACAACCAGCCCAACAUAAUGAACCUGGGACGUGGCAGCGCCGGUGGUGCCAACAGAGACCGCGACACGGGGACCCAGUCCCAGGGACGCAGCACGACGGAAAGGGACUCCGGGGGACAGGCCGGCUUCGGCUUCGGACGUGCCCGAUGCAGGACCAGGGAUGCGGGCGGCCACUCGAGAUCCACGACCGGCGGAGCGGCAGCAGAAGGAUACCCGAGCCACCGCUACACCCGCUCCGCGAGCGGGCGGCGCAUGCAAGCAGCGCCCGUGGGCCGGGCCGCCCUGCUCCAGUCGCUGCUCCAGUCAAGGCAGCAGAGGGGCUCGAGUGCGCCGCUCUGGGCACAGAACGCCCCCUGGGGACCGCCCACGCCAACUGCGCCGGGCAGCGAGGCCUCGCCAACGAAUACGCAUCCCGAGGAACUGCCCAGCAGCGGAGAAGAGGCCGGUGCAGAUGACCAGUGGCUGGAUGCCGAGGCCGCUCCUUCCAGCCUGAGCGCUCGUACCGCCCGGAUCAGCGCUCCUUCCGCCCGGAUGAGCGCCGGCGGUUCCGAGGGCACCGCCCGCCGGUCUCCUCCAUUUGGUCCCGGGUCCCCUCCGUCUCUCAGUACCAUUAUUCACGUGCUGCUCAACGACUACGCCUGGAGACGCAACGUUGGGAACGCGGGGGUAUUGGAGGAGUUUGUCGAGGAGAACUUGGUGGCGCCGAAUUUGCUGGGGGACGACUUUGCAAGUGCAUUGCUGAGCACGGUGGCGCGCCACCUGACGCCCGAGUCACUGGUGCUGCUGCUGCGGGGGGGCUCCCCGGAGCUGCCAGUCUACCUGCAUGGGCAUCUGCAAAUCAAGGUCCUGCGCUUCCUGCUGGGCCACCCCAGACCCACGGGGCUGCCCCAGGCAGCAGCAGCGGCCACCGAGGCCCUCCUCGGCCGCUGGGGGAAGCCCCUCAUCAGGGACAUGCUGGCCAAGGGAAAUGUGAAGCCUGGGGUGGAUGUGGAGGCCACCAUCAACAGCUUUCUGCGCGAGAAACUCUACGCCAUUCUGCUUCUCAUUCUGAGCCGUGCCGAGAACAACUUUGGCCGGGAUCUGGUGUUGCUCGUCCAGACAACGCUGGCGGAACUGAUGGCACUGGUCUCCUCCUGCUUCCGGGAUGAGACGGACUCCGUGGACUCUGUCUUCCGGGAAAGAAUGAACUUCAUUCUGACCGGACUCACCGUGGGACUGUCCCCGACCGUGCGGGACCUGAUCAUUGAUUGGGCCUUUGGCUCGUGGAUGGCCGUAUUGGCAUCCCUGGUGUUCUCGCCGUCUGCGGUGGCUGCCGUGACCAGCCGCUACCUGGUACAGAGCGGCGAGCCCUCGCCCGAGGCUGCCCAGGAGCACCAGGAGCAGACGCCAAGAGAGCCCACCCCCUCGGCCAUGGAGGUGGACGUCAGUGCCACGGAGCAAACAACGCCACAGCCCGCGGAGGCACCCAAGGUGGGUGGCAGCGCGACGACAGGGUCGCAGGACCACCGCCCCACGGCGCCACCGCUCGCGGAGGACCCACUGCCCGAAGUGAUCCUCGGCUCAGAGUCCUGGCACGCCUCCGUGCCUUCGGAGUGGGUGCCCAUCAUCACGAGAGACAUCCAGCGGCAGCGACGUCAGGCCACCCAGCCCCCAUUCAGCGACGCCUACUUCUGUGGCAUGCCUUCCAAGCGCAGGAAGAUCAUGAACGGAGGAAAUGCGGGCGGCCCAGAUGGCUCCGUUCCAAGCUCCCUGACAGAGGCGCUGCAGCGUGCGGUGCAGCGGGCGGGCGUGAGGGCGCCCCGGGACGGCAUGGAGGCCUUCCUGGCGGCGGCCAGGCAGCACCCGGCCCUGCAGGCGGCCCACGGGCUACAGCUGCGCCAGGCCGUGAGGGAGCGGCUGUCCACGGACCCGGACUUCCGCCCCGACCGGUUCCCCAACGCUCACCGCUUCUACUACAGCGCAGACCCUUGAGUGCAGUCUCUGUCUGCCUUGUACUUUGUGUGGGCUCUGAUUCUCGCCAAUCGGGAGAGGGAUCCCAGUCCGUUUCCCGUUUGCGAAACUUCAAAACUUCAAAUAGAGGUGUUGGCAUCCGUGUUUGUGGGCCAAGUGCUCCCAUCAUUUCUACCUUCCGACCGGAGAGGAAGCUCAAGUGCAAGCGGAGGGGUUUCGAAAGACGCUUCUAGCUUAUGAAACUAUUAACUCGCGCUCACAAAUUUUACUUCAAUCGGUGAAUAGAGUACACAUAUGUUGCACGGCACAGCCACAAACUUCGUGGCCAUUUAAAGUCUUCUUUCCAAUUUUGAGCUGCAGUUUCCGUUUUGUGUACAAAUUGGCAGAGCGUUCAGGGUCUGUUCUCGGACUGCAAAACUUCCAAGCUGCAGUUCAGAAGAAAGUAAGGUAUUGGCAUCCGCAGGCAUGGGACGUGCACUGCCCCGUCUCCAGCUCCCGACUGGAGAGCAAUCCUCAGGUGAGGGCCUUACUUUCGAAAGUAAGGAGUAUCGGAAGAUACUCCUUACUUUCGAAACUAUCUACUGACGCUUGCAAGGUUUACUUCAGUCGGUGGAUAAAGAUGCAUACUAUGUUGCUUGGCACGGCCACAAACUUUGUGGCUACUCGAUGCAUUCUUUUCAAUCUCGGGCUGCCGUUUCCAUUUUGCGUGCAAUCCACAAAGAAGCCCACAUAAACAUUAGCAGUACGCGUACAAUUAUUUUAUGUGGAACAUUGCUCAUGUAUGUUGAUGGUACACUAUAAAAUUCUGGUUGAGACGUGCAUUGGAUAAGUUGUCCUCGAGUCCUCCUGUACGACUUCGGUGGUACAAUGAAGUUUGGUUGAGAUCUUUUUCAGGGGCAUCUUUGAGUUGUAUGUUUUGUUUGUCAAAUGUUCUCAAGUUUUCGUAUUACAACUGGCCGACUGUUCGAGAGCGGGCAUUAAAAGCCUGAUUUCUUUUCACUCCAUGAAAGCAUUGCAAUAGUUUCUUUUUUUGUUUUUAUAGUGUUUCAUAAGCUACAUUUUUCUACAUAAAGGAACUGUCAUUUUAAGAGUAGAUUCACCACCUAGAACAGGCAUACUUGGAGAGCAGAGUCAAACUAUAUAAACAAGAGCUUGCUCCCAAUUUUGUUUUCAGAAAAAUCCUUCAUAAUCCUAUCUAUUAAAAAAGAUUUAGCUCUUGACUGCGUAAUUAAGAAUUCUCAGGGUCAUUGUCUGAAUGUGCAAAUAAACCCCCUGAAGACAA